GAACGUUUGUUAGGUCAAUUACAUACUUGUAACCUAUCGAACAUAGGGCUAGGGCCUAUAUAGAAAUAGGCUUAUACUUCGAAUCAUAUAGUUGGACUAGGCGACUUCAUUCGCCGUCUGGCAUAACUACCAGUUAGAUUAGGAAUGGCAACAACAUGUAGCCUGAAACUAGCAACGCUUUUUUUAUUUGUUGCUUUUGCACUCCAUAUUGCUGGAUUUGUACUCCCUGUAUGGUCUACGUUUAAGUUGUCGGCGGAAGUUUGGAUUUUUAAAAUAUCCGGCACCCACGUUUCGGGGUUAUGGAAAGACUGUAUUUGCAUGGGAUUAUUUGGAUGUGGAUGUUUCCCUAAGAUAUAUAAUCCAGGAUGGCUAACAGGGGUUCGAGUCUUGCUAGCAGUAGGUUUAACAGGUCUGCUGCUUUCGGUCUUUAUCUCCUUCAUGAUAGUAUGCUGUUGCGGUUGUACUGCGGGGAAAAUAAUCAGAGGUAUCAACAUAUUCAGUGUUGGAGUUUCAGGUGUUUGUACCGUCACUGGUGUAAUUACAUUUGGCAUUGAAAACACUGAGGACUUUCAGAACUUGUUCAGCUUCAUUGAGUCUCUCCCGCUUGGUUUGGACGCACAUGGCAAACUAUCUCUGAGCUUCUUUCUUUGUGCCACAGCUGGCGGUGUCUGCAUAGUUGUUUGUGCUCCCCUCCUGGCGUAUGAUUAUCGUAGUCCAAUUCCGACAGGUGUACAAACAACCAAUCGGGUGACUAUACCAUUAACAGCAGUAAUUACUGCUCCGCCAGGGCAGACAUAUACGUUUGUCAACAUCCCGGGUCAAAGUCAUUUGGGCUACAUGCCAGCAUAUAACCAGCACCCACCUUACUACGUACAACAAUGUUCAGGAAUUCAAGGACCUACUGCCUAUUCACCACAACAAGGCUAUGUACAACCUGGUCAAGAAAUGCCAGCACUGACUGCAUCCACAUAUCAACCUUGCUACGAACAGCAGGUGCAGGUUAUGCAUGGAGAACAUGCAAAUACGCCACAACUUGGCCAUGUUCUACUAAGUCAAGAAAAGCAAGGAGCACGUGACUUUACACCGCAACCUGGCUACGUUCAACCAAGUCAAGUUAUGCCAGAACCACCUGUCUAUACACCGUAGAUUCAGUCCAGUGGUUUGCAGAAACCACAACAGAAGCAAGAUUAACUUGAAAAGUCUUCAAUAUGAAGUCCAGCUGUUAUGUUUCAUCUGUUUGUUUUAUUUUGUACUCAUAGGCGACGUUUAUUGAAUCAUAUCUUAGUAUUCUAGAGUUUGAAAAAAAGAAUAUUAACCAUGCACGAUGUCGCAGGUUAUAACAGUUUUGAUAAUGAUAUUUUUAUGCUAUUUUUUUUUGUCAAAACAUAUUAUCGUUAGAUAUUGUGAAAAAAUCUAAAAUAAAUGAUCAUCUAUAUAUAGUUUGGUUUGAUCAGUCAUCGAGUAGUGUAUUAUGUCGAUCUUCUGUCAAAACUGAAUGCCAAAGAGAUUCAGCCAUUUAUUAAAAAAGUUUUUAGUGGUAUAAAAUGUUUAACUUACAUUAGCGUGUACUGGUUUAAACCUAAUAUAAAAAAAUAAUUAUUAUUCUAAUGUUUUGGCAAUUAUUCGUAUUUUGAAAAUAUGAAAACAGGUCAUACUGUUAAAAACAAGAGUUCGUUACAUUAAAAAAAAAAACAAGGACGAAACGUCAAACUGAGCAACGCCUUUUUAACUUUGUGCCGUGAUCUUUUUGUGGUAAAUUUAUUAUCCAUUUGUGUGUAUAUUCGGCAUUGCACAUGUUGGAGACUCCUUAAUCUUUAGCCUGCUGGCAGCAAGUGAUUCUGUCUUUGCGAUGCAUCUGCACUGUUCCCUAUGUUCAGUGAACACCCCUUCCAAUCAUAAAUGGUACGGCUCAAAUUUCAUUAUAGACAAGUCCAUUGUAAAAAAGUUAACAGGGUAAAGGUUAAAAGGAGACUUAACUGAAAGAUGUCAAAAACACUAAAAACAUGUUAUCCAUAUUUUUAUGAAGAGGAACUCAGCCUCGUUUUCGAACCCCUACCUUUCCGCUUGUGAAGCUAGUGCUUUUCAGUUCUUGAAAAUUUAUUCCUUCAAGACUUCUAUUAGUUGAAUCUCUUUCAUAUAUUUACAUAAUAAAAGGUUUUCAUUAAAAUACUAUAUAUGAUGUAACGAUAAACGCUUGAAAGAACAUGUCUGUGUUUCAUUUGUUCAUAUUUUUAGAUGUCUGUAUAUACUGAAAAUGUUGUAAACUUUCAAUACAAAUCAAUCAAGAAUGGUGUUUAUAGACAAUAAAAUUUAUCUUAUCACUAGA